GAGCAUCUUCUGACAGGCGUCCGUGCCUAAAUAGUCAAAAUAAAGUUCACAUAUUGCGCUUUCAUGUCAGUAUUACCACGUUAAUUGGCGCGUCACUUAUGCAAGGCGCAAUACUAGUACGUAAUUUCAAUAUUUGAAAGAGAAUACAUCUUUGAAAGAAGCAAAAAGACAAAACGAAAAAAAACCGCAGAAAAACGCGCUGGAUUUGUUGUCCUCCCCAGGCUUUUCCUACGAAGGCCGUGAGUUUUUCAAGAUGGCGGAAGUCAGGAGUGAUGGAAAUGAAUCCGAAAAAGCAACCCAAAAUAUCGAGUUAGUUGAUAAAGAACAGGCCCAGAAACCAACAGAUGAAAAGACUAAUACAAGCACUACACCUAAAGAAACAAAAACUAAAAGUACAUUGCUUAAACUACGACAUUUAGUGUGUUUUAAAAUAUUUUAAAAUGACAUAGUAUUGAGUUGAUAUUCUUGAUGUGUUUUAGUUGAUGUUUUAUUAAAAGCUGCGGGUGAUGCACCUAUUAUGAAGAAGAAAAAGUGGGCGGUGGAUGCAAACAAAACUGUGGCAUAUUUAGUAGAAUUUAUCAGAAAGUAUAUCAAGUGUGCUGCGUCGGAUUCUCUGGUAUGUAGAAAUGCAACAUAUAUUUACAAGAAAAGUGAAUUUCCUUAAUUUUUUUCUUGACUGACAUCUUGGUAUUAUUUUAGUUUCUAUAUGUCAAUCAAUGUUUUGUUCCCUAUCCUGAUCAACCCAUCCAGAAUCUUUAUGAGGUCAGUAAAUACUGAGAGCCUGGGCCUGUUAAUAAUCAUAAAUUAAAAUAUUAACCCAUUGAGCUGAAAUGCGCCCUACUUUAUUAUUUUACCCUGUCUGGAGCCCAUUUUCCACUAGGCAAAUUUGUUUGCGCAAACAGUAAAAAAGUAGGAACUGAUCCAUUUUUUUUCUCUGACUAAUCACAUGCAUUGCAAAGAUUUGCUUUUCGCUUUGCACGAAUAAAUUCGCCUAGUGAAAAUGGACUUAAUGCCAGAUGAUUUUAAGGGAGAUAUCUUGCACCUUAACCUUAAUGGGGGUUAAUUAAACAACAACAUGUCAUAACACCAACACCACCACCACAUAUUUUUUACUCAUAAUAUUGGCUGAUCUGCCGAGGUACAAAGCAGUUUUAUUCAGUAUUCACAAAGGUUAACUAACAAUGAUAAAAUCAAAUUCUUUUGUAGUGUUUUGGUGCUGAUGGCAAGCUAGUUCUGUAUUACUGCAAGACACAAGCAUGGGGCUAAAUACUGACAUCAAAAACUUUCUUUGAACUUCAUAUUAUGAAAUAUAAAUUGUAAAUUCCAACUAGAUAGAAUCUUAAAUGUAAAUGUCGACCAUGUGAAAUGAUAACCUAACCUUUGUGUGCACCUAACUCAAUGCAUAGAUCUGGAAUCCUGCAAAUCAUGGGGUGUUACGCACCAUUACAGAAGGCUUGGUAGUGCAAGCACGAUUUUCCAAUUAGCAAAUUGUACAUUUUAAAAAUCACAUACAGGAUUACAGGGUGCGAUAAUUCAACACUUUUAGUCAUACCUGGCUGGUAUACCAAUGAUUAUUGCCGCGCACUUGCGCUAAUACAAACCUAAUAUUCAAUGUGUACUUAGUCUUUCAAAUAAAAUACAUAAAGUACAGGUUUCUGAAAAGUAUGUUCAAAAUACGAGUUAGAAAAAGGAGCACAAUUGUAUAUACAAACAAUCGACUCCAACGUUUCUUAGUGCCAUCAGUCCAAUCAUGUUUCAUGCCAAGAUAUGUCAGACUCACACAUAUACGGACUAAAUUAUGGAAUUGAAUAUAGCAGAUAGCAAGAGUUCCGCGUACCUACUUGCUUGAAAACAAAGAAGUACCAGACCGUAAUAUUGGCCUACCUCCGGUAAUCCGGUAUGUAAGUACGCGAUUUAUCGCACCGUGGCAUACUCACGCGACCAGAGUCAAAUGACCCGAUUUGCGCGGGAUUCCUGAUCAAUGCACAGUACUUGAGAUUAGGGCAUUAAUUUACACUACAGUAGGUUCAGCCUUUGUUUGUGUGACCUUUGAAUAAGGCCUAAAUCCGAGUCUUUACUCAUUGACACUCUGGUAAUUUUAACCUUUUGUAUGUUUUGGAGUAUAGGGCCCUAAAUUAGAGCCUGCUACUUAUAGGCUAUAUUUAAAGAGAACUUAUGGACAUUUAUGGAUCAUCGUUUAUUACCGUUCAUAUAACGCUAGAGUGCUGUUUUGCAUUGCGGUUUGCUUAUAUAAAUUAUAUUUAACAAAUAUAAAACAUUUUCUGUGUUGAUAUACAGUUAUAUCAACACGAGUGGAAAUUGGGAAAACGAUUUCGAACACAAUUGGGAACACAAUUUCGAGUUUUUCCAAUUUCCACGAAUGUUGAUAACUAUAUAUCAAUACGGAAAAAAUGUUUUAUAUUUGUUUUAUAAUAUAGCACAAAGAAAUAAAAGGAAGAAAUUUUCCAAUAUGAGUUAUAUCAACACGGCUCUUACCCAAUCAGCGUUCAGAAUUUACAAAUGCUAUAUUGAUUAUUUAUGAGUUUAAGAAAGUAACUAACUCUUCCUCCGUAUAGUUAUAUACUACUAUACGAACUUAUUGAACCAUUCCAGAUUAUAAGUAGGAGUAAAUUUUAAUUCAAUUCAUAGCGAGCAAUUCACCUAAUAAACACUAUAAUUAAACUACAGUGCAUAAACAUAAUCUACGCUCCGUUAAACCUACGUUUAGUUCAUUAAAAAAUAUAUAUUAGUUUGGAACACAGCAUAUAUAUAUAUUAAUGCUGAACAUAAAAUAUACAUUAGUUUCAUUAUAUAUUAGUUUUAAAGUUACAGUAUUUAAUAUAUACAAUCACAUGGCAUAGUUCAAGAAUUUUUUAAAAAGGAUAUUUCCAGCGAAGAAUAGCACCGUCUGCACUGACACUGAUAAUCCAUUGCCUGUUUGGACAAAUCUUUAGUCGCGUGAUGUCACCACUGUGGCCUUCACCAACGUGAGUGAUAGCUCCCUCUUCAUAUUUCCAAACCU